UUCAUCAGGAUCAAUCAGAUGCUUCGUUGAUCUCAACGGAAGACGUAACCGAAGAUGAGCUCAGCUCAGCUCAGCUCGCCAGUCGUAAGGAGGCGAUUGAGUGCGAUGAGUUCGAAGUAUUCCAUAAAUUUAGUUCCCCCGUGCUUUCUAUAUGAACGCGGCGACGGGAGAAAGAACUGCCCGCCAACAUUAUUGGAACCGCCGCCCCUUCCCCCCUCUUUCCGAGUUGCACGAUCUGUCCCCCCUUCUGCAGCGCCCCGUGCGAUGGCGAACACCUCCCAGGAUGAGGAGGACGGACCCGCCGGAUCGCCGGAGGCGGAGCAGCGCGCGAUCCCCCCACUCCCAUUUGCUCCGCUUCCACGGCGGUCGCGCCUCUCCGGGUCCGGACUGCUCGCUUCACCAUUCCCCGUCGGCAACUGCACCAGUUUCCGCACCAUACGAUCCUCCAACCUCCCCUUGGCCGGCGGACCCGAUGGUGUCGGAAUGAUGGCUCCCGCGGGCGAUCGACACGGCCGGGCGGCCAGUGAGCGGCCGCCCUCCCCUCAGGAGGAGUCCUUCCCGCAGCGUAAGCGAUCGACGAGGAUCAAGAACUUGAAAGACAGGGAAGGAGGGGUCGAUAGGCCGCUUUCCUCUUCUGCGCCGGCGGAGGCCGUCAGGCCAUGGAAUCUGAGGACCCGGAGGCCGGCGGAUAAUGCACCGGCUGAGAACGGGCCGUAUCGGUUCCCUUCCUUGGCUUCCGUGUCUCCUUCGCCUUUUGCAGCGGAGAAGAGCUGCUCCGGGAAGGAGAUGGUGGGGGCGGGAUCGGAUGCAUCCAAGAAGGGUAAGGGUGGCAGAUUCACGAUGUCGUUGUCGCGAGAGGAAAUCGCAGAAGACUUUUGGAAGAUAAAGGGGACGAAGCCCCCUCGGAGGCCGAAGAAGAGGCCUAGAAACGUCCAGCGACAGAUCGAGGAUAUAUUUCCUUCGUCAUGGAUGUUGGUGGUGGCUCCAGAACGCUACAAAGUUAAUAAGAAGUUAGUGAGUUCGACGACAAAGGGCUACGCUGCUCGGAGUAGUUUAUGAUUUCGAAAUAUAGUAUUUCCUGUGUUCCUGUGGCAUGGUUAAUUUGGUUUCUAGUAUUUUCUAUUGUGUGAACAAGAGGCUUGUUUAGAUGGUUGUUAAAUCUUGAUUAGAUUGUUGGAUCUUCCAUUUAGAUUUAGAAGAGUUUUCAAUUAAAGGCAUGACGUAAUAAUUGAGAUUUAUAAAGCUUAUCUACCUUUUUCUUUUAUCAUUAAUUGUGUGUUUUGUGUCAAAAUGAACUCAAGUUUUGAUCUUCUUACCCUGGAAGG